AUGGCCGAAACCUUUUUUGUGUUCUUGCUGAUGGGCAGACUGGCCUUGGGCCAUGUUAACCACCAGAACAGUACUUACACCAAUCCAAUUCUGCCGGGGUUCCACCCAGAUCCCAGUUGCAUAUUCGUUCCAUCCUGGGGCAAUACCUACUUUUGCGCCUCCAGUAGCUUCAAUGCCUUUCCAGGGAUACCCAUCCACGCCUCAAAAGACUUGCGAAACUGGAAGCUGAUUGGAAAUGCUAUAUCGCGGCCAGAGAUGCUGCCGAAGUUGGCGGAUACAAUCAAGGACACAAGUGGCAUAUGGGCACCCACGCUUAGGUAUCGUGAAGAAGGGAGCAAUAGCCCCAACAAUGGAAGUGGCCAUGGAAAAGGUACAUUCUGGAUUAGUACAACCCUGGUGUUUGAUGAUUUGGCGCCCGAUGACGAAUCGCGCUGGGACAAUUUUGUGAUCAGCACAGACGAUCCUUUCAAUUCGGAUAGCUGGACGGAUCCCGUGCAUUUUAACUUUGGGGGUUAUGAUACCUCAUUGUUUUGGGAUGAUGAUGGACAGGUCUAUGUAACAGGAAGUCAUGCAUAUAAAGUCUGGCCUGGGAUCCAAACCGCCACGAUUAACCUGCAGACAGACGACACGGGAGCCUGGACAAACCCAUGGAAUGGCACGGGAGGCCUGGCGCCAGAGGGUCCGCAUCUAUAUAAGAAAGAUGGCUACUACUACCUAAUGCUCGCAGAAGGUGGCACAGGAGAAGGUCAUAUGGUGACUAUGGCGCGGUCGAGAAGUAUCAACGGACCCUAUGAUCCUGCGCCUCACAAUCCCGUGCUCACUAAUGCGAAUACAACAGCUUUCUUUCAAGCAGUGGGACACGCCGAUCUGUUUCAGGAUGCCCAGGGCUGCUGGUGGGCAGCCGCGUUGUCAACUCGAUCUGGACCUGAUUUCAAAAAUUAUCCGAUGGGCAGGGAGACAGUUAUGACCCCUGUGACUUGGGAAACGGGGGAGUGGCCCAUCUUUCAGAAUGUGACUGGCAUCACCAAUGGAUGGGAACUCCCCUCCCAGCCUGUCCUUGUGUCUAACGGUGAGGGUCCUUAUGUCGAUAGCCCUGAUCAUCUGACGUUCCCACCGAACUCGACAUUACCCUUGAAUUUGAUACAUUGGCGACUGCCAACGCCGGAUACCUACCUCUUGUCGCCGCCAGGGUUUGAGAACGCACUGGUACUUCGUUCGUCAAUGUUAAAUCUAACCUCUACCGACGGACAAUCCACCGGCGGUAAGGGCCAAACAUUCAUCGGCCGACGACAGACAGACAGUCUCUUCGCGUAUCACCUAGACAUCAACGCUUCGACUCUACACAACAAUGAGGAUGAAGUUGGCAUCAGUCUAUUCUUGACGGAGGCCUACCAUUUCGACCUGGGAAUAGCCCUUCUUCGACAGAGAGACGAUACCAAGUCUUCCAGUGAGCUUGCACCCUUUUUCCGGUUCCGUGGAAUGUCGGGGAGCUAUGUCCCAGAGACGGUGUUCCCGUUCCCACCGCAUAUGUCAAUCGAUACACCGGUUACUAUGGAAAUCAAAGCGUUUAACUGGACGAACUACUCAUUCGCUGCGGGACCACGAGAUGCUAAACAUCUCAUGCAGACAUACGGGGUCGCACGCGGAGGCCAGCUGAGUGCGGGCUUUACGGGGACGUUAGUCGGGCCUUAUGCGACUACUAAUGGUCGCGCGGGAAGUGUGAAUGGGGAGUUUGAGGUGUCGGUGGGGAAUUGGACGUAUUUACCACAAGGACAGGUAAUUAAUUAG